AUGCCUGUGGCUUCAAGCACAUCAGCAAGGAAUACAGCAAGAAAGAACCUCACCCAACCUCAAUCCCAGUCAAAUCUCGCCUCCUCCAAAUCAACCCCUAACAAGAGGCGCCAGGAGGAUACGCCUAAGACCAAUGCGAAGAAGCAGAGAACCCAGGCUCUAGAUCAGGAGGAUAGACGUUCAGUUUCGCAAAGGAAUCAUCGUGUAUCUCCGUCACCUCGCCAGCAGGAGAUAGAUUCUGAGGACGAGAAUGACGAUAAUGGCUUUGAGCGUACGCUCCGGAAUUCCACUAGUCGUAGCACACUGUCAAACGAAGGAGGGGACGAUGAGCUUGAUGAGUUUGAGGCAGAGGCCGCUCUGCUGAAAGGCAGCUCUACUACCCAACCUCCAGCAUCUGUCUCCAAGCCUGGGAAAGCGAGUGCCCCCAACGGUCCUUCUGAAAAAGCAUUGGACAGAGCCAGCAGCAUCUCCGCUGAUACACGUACAACUUUCGAUGAGCUUGGGAUUCGUUGUCGGCUCGUGUAUCUAGCAAAAUUCAGGAUGGCUCCUCAUGCUUCCAUCAUCAGGGCUGUGUGGGGAGAUGGCAUUACGAGACAGAGCUGGGAAUGGGAGGAGAGUAAUAACAGGAUCAACUGGAAUGGAAGCAAUUGGAAGAUCCGCUCCAUUCAGAACAUGCAGGUCAAGAUCCGAGAUUACAUCAAGAAUGACAAGAGUCACGCUCUCGAAAGCAUCUCCGAGUAUACGCCGCUUGCCAAAUUCUUCGCCUCCAAGUAUUCUCCCAGUGCAUUCAGUUGGGUCUUCGACUUUACGAAUGGAUGUAUUGAUGUCACGGAGUCUGAUACGAAGCCAGCACUUCAUUUCUACUUCAAGAACAUAUGGGUCAACUUCGCCACAAGAGUUAAGCUCUAUACGGACUGGGCAGCAGACCCACAAGCCUUGCACAACUCUGAGCAUAGUCGAAACUCCCUUUUGACGUGGGUCCCCGUCAUGGCGAAGUCUGAGAAGUAUCAUGUCGACAUCAAAGACUUUGUGCGCAUUGAAUCGAAGGAGCGCCGUCCUAGACACGGAUCUGCUGGCCCUGUCGAACCGGAUAGGGAUGCUAAUUAUCUGUUCCUGGGGACUCCGCCUCCGGAAUGA